AUGCGAGCCUCGGCCAUGCUUCGCCGGCAAAGCCGAGACCUCAAGCGACAGUUCCUGACAGACCAACUGCAACAGGCCGAGUCUGCAGCCUGCAAAGGCAACCAUAGAGACCUCUUCCUGAUCGCCAGACGGCUUGGGCCUAAACCUGCACAGGGUGUCUCUAGAUUACAGGGCCCUGAUGGCCAGGUGCUGGACAGCAGAGCCGAAAUGGCUGCCAUCAUCAAGCACAGCUCAGAAGCUUUUGCAUCCACCCCAGACACCACUCGUCUGCUGCCCUUAGAGGGGAACUUCACCUUCGCAGCAUCUGAAUUGCAGGCUGCGCUGGCCACCCUCAACAUCCGGAAGGCUGUGCCUAGGCACAUAGCCCCAAAUGCAGUGUGGAAGCUCUGUGCCACCUCAAUAAGUGAUCGACUAGGCCCCUGCUUCGAGCGCCAUUUCCGACCGGAGUCGACUGAUGUGCUGGAGGGAGACAUGAAGGACUGGAAAGCAGUGGUAUCCGACCUGACUCUCUUAAUGGAGACGCUUGCCACCUACAAUCUUAAGGUGAACUUGCAGAAAACAGCCUUGCUCAUCAACUUGAAAGGUCGGUCUGCCAAGAGGGUGCUGAGACAGCACACCAGGCACAAGGCCGGGGACACUUUUCUAGUCUUGGUUGUUCAUGGUAAAGCGUGCAUCCCACCAAGCCUCACCUACUCUCUGGAGGCCACAGGUUGCACCAGCAAGGGUCUGCAGCGUAUCAAAAUAGUAGCCACCAGGCACCUGCGAGCGAUUUUGCGAGAGCCUGCCCAUCUACACCACGUUAAGACCUCAGACAUCUGGGAGCGUGCCAAGCUGCUCACACCGGAGCAAUCCAUCCUUGCCAGGAUGACCAAAUUUCGGGCCAACCGGAACCCGGCACAUUCUCCCCAUGGUCCUGACCUCAUCAUGAAUGCUCAAGUUGAGGAGCAAAUUUCCAGUCUGAUUGCGGGAAUGCAGGAAGCCAUGCAGCCGCUGGAACACCAAGACCUCACUCCGCCGGAGGAGGCCCAACCCACCCCCAACACCGGCUUCGCGUGUGCACACUGUGAUCUUGUGCUACCGACGGCACACGCCAGGACACCUCCGAUGGGAGACCUCGAGACGGAGAUCUUCGAACAUUGCAUGCCCUCUGGGGCAGCGGAGGACUCCCAGAUGCGCCUCCUCAGCAAGAUUGUCCUGAAGCACGAGGAGCAGUUGGCAGCACUACGGAAGGACACCCAGUUUGUCCUCUUCUUCCGGCAGGACGACAAGUCGAUCCUGCCCUCCCUCAUGAAUGUCUCUCGCGAGUGGAAAGCCAAGCAGGCAGCGGGAGAUCAAUCCAUUCAAUCCUCCCAGCGAACAGUCUUGAUCAGCUGCCUGCUGCGCGAACUUCUGGCCAGGGUUCAACGAGUGGUG